AGAUAUCGCAGAUUGUGCCACAAUGGAAACCCGAAAUGAGACGCCUACUACUAACGCAGAGCCAAGUCUCUGUGGUCGCAUCAUCAGCUGUGGUAGCAGUGUUCACCUUUCUGCUCUUUCUCUCCGGCUACAUUAUUCAGCAGCGAACAGUAAUUGGACUACAAGCAGCAAUCAGACCGCGCAUACCGACCGUACCAAUUUCGCUGCAGAGACAGCAGCGUGAUGCGACACCAGACUUUCAGUCACGCAGCCGACUGUUUGCCGCCUCCGACGGGCUCAGACCGGGUGGAGUUAGAGAUGUACAGCAAGCGGCAGCAGAUGUUAACUGGAACCGGCUGGCACACAUUCAGCUAGCGAGGAAUCACCAUGAUGAUGUUUCCAAGAAGCUGGGCUCUGGAGAAGGAGGGCAAGAAGGGAGACAUCGCCGAUCCCUUUCUCAGCAGUAGCCGGAGACUGAUGCGGCUGGCUGCGAGAAGGUACGGCGUGGAACUACGGCCGGUCAGUCCACUGGGUGAUGGAAAGGAGGGUGAGGGUGCUUUUUCGCUUGCCAUCGCAUACGGUUUCGCGGACCUUGACCGCGUAUUGAGCAUUGAGGCGCCGGGUCUGCUCCUCGAUGCAACGCCAAUGGAUGCGGUACUGGCAUUUACGAAGCCGGCACCCUUUGCAAUGCUGCAGGGCAGUGAGCGGAGGGAUGGUGUACAUUCGACAGACCUCCUGCUAUUACAACCUUCAGCCUUGUCAACAACAGAGCUCAACGCAAAGCUAGCAUCUAACUCCGGCUUCGGUGACAGCCAGCUUCCGACCACGUUCUCCAACUCGGUUUUAAUCGCGGCAACCACAGAGGAUCACACACUUGUCCGCUCAAUAGGUGCUCUGCACGAUGCUGAGCAUGGCUUCAACGCAACGGCUUAUCUCUCCGACAUUUCGUACAUCCGCUUUUCCGACCCGAAACUUCCUGGUCCGGAGUACGAUGUCCCGUGGCCGCAGAAGGUAGCGGCAAGACCGAAAAAUAAGGAUGCGGACUGGACUUGGACUAAGCUCUACGGUCAGUUUGCGCAGAGAAGGAUGGAGGUUUGUGGGCUUGAUUUGGAGACUUAUAGAGCAGAGUAGACAUGGCGCUUGUACAUGCACGCUAGACUAUUUACUAUCAUGAGUACGGAUACGCCUGCAGCCUUCAGCCAUGUGAGCACUCAUUCAGGAUAACAUCCUCGCCCCUGACCUUGACUGCACAAAGCUCUGCCUGCAACAGCCAUCUCCGGUCGAUCCCAGUCCACCUGCCGCAAACGUCCCACUGCUCACGGGUGCUAAAGCCGUUCAGCUCCUCCAGGCGGCAGCGUCUGGUUUUAACGUCCGGUCUGAAGGGCAUUCGUCUCGGAAGCAUGGGUUGAAAUGUCAUCCAUUGGCUCAUUGUUUUGCGACUGCGAAAGGGAAGCACAAAGCUGGUUCAGAGCGAGCUCAUAGUUCACGCUUACUACCUUCUAAUGAUGGACAAAGUACUAGAGAAACUUACCUUUCGGGCUCCAGGUUUGCCCAGCCUUAAGAAGUUCUUGUAACAAUGCUGGUAUUGGACCUACUAUCUUUC